CACCGUUCCCUCCAACCCCAGGGCCCUCCUCCCGGUCCAGUCCCCGCUCACUCUCCAACAAGGCUCACAGAGUCUCUCGAGGCAGUCCGACAAGAGUUCGAGCUCGCCGCAUCAGACAUCACCUUGCUCCGAGGCCAGAGGGAUGAAUUCGAAAACAGAAUCCAUGCACAGAUAAACGAACUCAACCACAUCAAGCAGAUGGUCUACGAGCUCGAAAACCAGCACACCAAAGCCAGACAACAGUACGACGACGAGGUCAACCGUCUUCGCGCAGAGCUCACUCAAGCUCGUCAAGCUGCAGCUGUGCAAGCUCAACAAGUGCAACAGGCCCAAGUACAGGCUCAACAAGCGCAAGCACAGGGUUUACCUCCACACCCCGCUACAGCCGGAUCUGGCGCUGGAGGAGGAGGAGGACCGCCACCACCUCCAGGCGCACUUCCGCCACCAGCAAAUACCAGUCCACAUGUCGCUCACGCGGGAAUGGGUCAUCCGGGCCCAGGGUAUGGAGAGCCGCCGUAUGGUUAUCGUGGUGGACGUGAGGAUGUGAGAGAGAGAGAGAUCCGUGACGUCAGGGACGUCCGAGAUGGCCGUGGGGAUGUACGUGGUGAGCGAGAAAUGCUGCGUGAACGGGAGUUGCGUGAUGCGCGAGGUGAUGUGCGUGAUGUGCGUGAUGUGAGGAGUGAUCGUGAGUUGAGGGAACGGGAUGUGAGGGACAGAGAUGUGAGGGACAGGGAUGUGCGGGAGGUGAAACGUAUCAAGACUGAGCGGCCGAAGGAAUACCCGCCCCCAUCCUCGGGGCACAAACCAUACCCAGAAUCAGCAGGUCCAUCCACAGCUCUCGUCUCGUCUUCCUCAACUUUGCCGCCACCUUCAGGUCCGACACCUUACCCGCCGCCACCACCACCAUCUUCCUCCGGUGGCGGAGCUUUUCUUGACGAUAUUAAUCCGGAGACACUCCCACCUGAGUUUAAGAAGGAAGGAAGUGAUUGGUUUGCGGUGUUUAACCCGAAGGUGAAGAGGGUGUUGGAUGUGAAUUUGAUGAACACGUUGAGUCAUGAGAGUGUUGUAUGCUGUGUCCGAUUCUCCGCGGAUGGAAAGUACCUUGCUACUGGGUGCAACCGUACGGCGCAGAUAUAUGAAGUGAAGACGGGGCAGAAAGUCUGUGUUUUGAACGACGAAAGCGCGAGUCCUGUGGGGGAUUUGUACAUCCGGAGUGUGUGUUUUAGUCCUGAUGGGAAGUUACUUGCGACUGGCGCGGAGGAUAAGACUAUUCGAAUCUGGGAGAUCGCGAAGAAACGUGUCAAACGCGUGUUCGAGGGGCACCAACAAGAAAUAUAUUCCCUCGAUUUCUCCAAGAAUGGUCGACUCAUCGUAUCCGGCUCGGGUGACCGUACGACUCGGAUAUGGGAUAUGGAAACCGGUAUGCAAAAGGUGCUCGAGAUUAACGAGCCUGAUGGUGUCGACGCUGGUGUAACGAGCGUUGCGAUUUCCCCCGACGGGAGACUCGUUGCAGCUGGGAGCUUGGAUACUGUUGUAAGGAUUUGGGAGGUCCAAACGGGGAACCUUGUGGAGAGGUUGAAGGGACAUCGUGAUUCGGUGUAUAGUGUUGCGUUCACACCGGAUGGAAAAGGGAUUGUGAGCGGGAGUUUGGAUAAGACGUUGAAGCACUGGGAUAUUAGUGCGAUUGUUUCGGGUGGGUCGAGGAAGGAUCCUUUACCGACGCCGAGUUCGAGUUCGUCGGAGGGUGCGGGUAAUGGAGCUGUUGUAAGGAAGGACACUGCAAGCACUGCGAAUAACGCAGCGAACAACCCGAACGGAGGUGCAGGUGACCGAGGUUCACUUAAUACACUCAACUUUACAGGACACAAGGACUACGUUCUCUCCGUUGCAGUAUCCCAUGACGGCCAAUGGGUUGUUUCGGGUUCCAAGGAUCGCGGUGUGCAGUUCUGGGAAGCUUCCUCCGCCUCGAGUGCGAAAGGUGGUGCAGGAGGAGGAGUGCAGGUGCAGUGUAUGCUCCAGGGACAUAAGAAUAGCGUGAUUAGUAUUGAUUUGAGUCCUACGGGUGGGGUGUUGGCGACUGGGAGUGGGGAUAUGCAGGCGAGGUUGUGGAGUUAUACGACGAUUUAACGUUUGUCCUUGUCGGUCUUUGUCUUUGUUUGGACCCGGCACAUCUCUAUCUAUUUUUCCCCCUGUUUCCUGCUGUCGUCCACUUCCUCCUUCCGUCCUCUGUGCUAUCUUGCCAUCUUUUUUUCACAAAAGUGCGGUAUCAUUCCUCGAGAUGCUUGCUUGCUUCCUCGCUUUUCUCUUCCCUUCUAUCUCCGUUUCUAUUUCCUUUUUUCCUUCCUUUUUCCCUGACGUUUUACGUUUACUCUGUUUCCUGUCUUCCGUCGUGUUCUAUUCUGCCAUCUGUUUUGCGUUACCUACCUAAUGGGUUGUAUUUUCAUUUCCAGUUUUUGCUUUUGUUUUGUUUUUGGUCGUUCUGUCUUACCUAACUCAAUACCUAUCUAC